UUGGGAAAAGAGGAGAAACCAAAUUCCCUCUGCUUCUUCUUCUUCCUCAUUUUCAAAAUCACUGAUCCUAUCUUCGAACCUUCCAUUCAAAAAUGGCAUCUCGCUAUAACUCCUACGAUUCUAGAUCAUCCGUAUCCUCCUCGAUUCACUCAGAUCUAUCACCCUCCGCCGAAUUCAAAUCGAACAAGCCACUUUCAUCCAAGGCCAUUGUCAGAUCCAAAUCUUCCUACUUAACCAAAACUACGAAACCCGUGAAGCCUGAUAAUAAUCCUGGAAACCUCACUAGUAUGAUGAAGAAGCUAAUGGAGAUGAAGAAAUCUAAUUCCAAGAGCAAGAGGGUCGAGCUUGUGGUUCCCGAGGAACUGAAGAAAAUUGAUACUGUUAGAGGAGGAGGGAAGAGUACACUGGGUACAUUACAGAGGAAGCUUUUCGGGAAGGAGAAGGUGAAGGCAUUGACAGAGGUUAAAGGUAACACUAGGACUCUGUCUAUGGUUCUGAGAAGCGAGAGGGAGCUUCUGAGCAUGAACAAGGACCACGAGGUUGAAAUCGCUGAGUUAAAAUUGCAGCUUGAAGACAAGAACCGUGAAGUGGAGAAGUUGAAGGAUCUUUGCCUAAAGCAAAGGGAGGAGAUAAAGUCACUGAAGAGUGCAGUUCUGUUUCCGGAUGCGAUGAACAGCCAAAUUAGCCAAAUGCAGGAGCUGAAUCAGGCAAGACAGAUCAUUCCUAACCUUCAAAAGCAAGUCAUUUCACUCAAUGGCCAGCUCCAAUGCAUUGCUCAUGAUCUUGCUGAGGUGAAAGCGAACAAGUAUAUGUCAGAAAGCUGUUACUGGCAAGCAGAGACUUCUUCCUAUGAUUCACUGGAAUUCAGCUCAGGAAGUCCUGAUGGAUUGGCUCUAGAAGAUCUAAAUCCAUGUCUAACCCCUUAUACCAAGAAGAAGCCUAAGGAGUUUGAGAGGGUUGAUUCAGCAGAAGAGAGCUUGUCAGGGAGAAGCACUAUAACAACAACGGGAGGUAAAGUCAAAUCGAGUGCAAAAAGUGUAAAGUUGUCAAAGAGCUCAGAGGGAAAGACAGGGCGGAGAUCAGAGGAGAACAGAGGAUGGUAUAGAGGUGGGAGAAUGUUUUAAGGUAAUAAUAAUAGUACCUCAUAAGGUAAGCUUGGUCCAUUUUUUUGUUUCCACUUGAUAUGUUAUGUCUCUUGCUCUCAAUCUCGAGAGAGUAGUAUGCUUUUGGUAAACCGUCUGUAGUCAUGAUCCACGAUUGAGUUGGAAUAAGAAAAGAGUAUUAUGUGUAAAAUAGAAGUCAUUCAAAAAAAAAAAAAGAGUUAAUGGUA